AUGCCCAGUCCCAACCAAGCUGGUGAUCCAGCCUGGCCACCCGGAACAGUUCGAAUCAAAGAUUCCCUGAAACCAAGUCAACAGUCCCUAGUGAUUCUGCAACCAAAGCCCAGUACGAAUCCAAACGAUCCUUUGAACUGGCCCCUUUGGCGCAAAUACCUGAAUUUCGGACUCGUCUCCUACUACGUGAUGAUGGUCCUAGCCUUAAUCGACGUGGCCACGGUCACCUGGGGUCCACUAAAUGCGGGACUAGGAUUCAGCUUUGAGCUAUUGAAUGAUAGCUACGCCGCCGGCUGCGGAUCUCUUUGCGUCGGCGCCAUUAUUCUCGUACCCUUUGCGCUCAAGUUCGGACGUCGGCCAAUUUACGUGUUUAGCACCGCCAUUCAAUGUGGGAUUAGUGUGUGGACUGCGAAAAUGGAGACGGUCGCCGAUCUCAUGCUGGUCAAUAUAUUGAGCUGUAUUGUCGGUGCUCUUGCAGAGGUGCUGGUGCAGAUGACCGUGGCCGAUGUUUUUUUCGUCCACCAGCGAGGACUGAUGAAUACCAUAUACUACUGGUUUAUGACAGUAGGCACUACGCUGGCGCCUCUAGCUGGUGGGGUUAUCACACUGUCGCAAGGCUGGCGCUGGAUCUGGUGGUGGAUGGCGAUUCUUUUUGGCGCAGGGCUGAUUGCUUUUGCUUUUCUCUACGAGGAGACUAUGUUUUGUGCCUCGUCCAUUAAUGUGGCUCCUAUCACGGAAAAGACUCUAUCGGGUCAGUAUACUGACAAAUAUGAUCCUGAAGUACCAGGAACAAACAAGAUUGGUACCACUCGGGACGAACAAUCACAGGUUGAGGAUAUACAGAUUGACCACUCGAUCCCAAAGAAGACAUAUUGGCAGAAACUUAUGCCCUGGACCAUUUCAGCAGUUUCCUUUGGCGAACUGGCAAAACACAGCUAUCAGCCAUUCCUGAUACUGUUCAGCAUCCCGGCUGUCUUCUUCAUGGCUCUCGAGUAUGGCAUUAUGACAGCUUGCACUACAGUCCCGGUGACAACGCUUUCCUCCGUGAUGACCAUGCCCCCUUACAACUUUGGCGCGGCCCAGAUCGGCCUGAUGGGGAUCCCACCAUUUAUUGGUACCAGUAUAGGAGCUCUGGCAUGCGGACCUCUUAGUGACUCGAUCGUGCUCUUCCUCGCAAAGCGCAAUGGCGGUAUCUUCGAGCCGGAGAUGCGACUCUGGCUAUGUCUAGCAUUUACCCCGUUCGUACCGGCCGGUCUGCUUAUGUUCGGAAUUGGGUUGAAUAACGGGUCUCACUGGCUCCUCCCGGCCUUUGGACUGGGGGUCAGUUCUUUUGGGGUUGUUCCGGCCAGCAGUGCUGCCCUGACAUAUCUUACUGACUCCUACACAGAGAUUAUUGCUGACUCACUUGUUGGGGUUACUUUUAUUCGGAACCUGAUUUCAACCUUCUUUGUAUUUGCCCUCCAGCCAUGGUCUGAGAAAGUUGGAUUGACGUGGUUCUAUGUGACUUUCGGCCUAAUAACCACUAUUAUUCUCCUUAGUAAUCUUCUUUUUAUAUACCUUGGGAAAAGCUUUCGGGCCAGGGUUGCUGCCAGAUACUGGUACUAUAGUGGGCAGCAGCUUGCGUUGAGAUAG